AUGUCGAUCACUCUCAACAGGAUCCCCGUGCUCCCCACGUCCCUCUACGUCGAGGGCAGUGUUGGACGUCCUUCUGCCACCUUGGCAGGCAUCCUACACGGGGUGCAGCAAGCGGCCCUCAAGAGUCCGACAAUAGCUGCUUGCGUUGCGGUCAAUGUCGUGGUCAUGUAUUACAUUGUGUCGUUCCUUAUGAGCAGGAAUACGACACCGCUGGUCGGUUAUCCUCGAUGGCUCGGCUCGUAUGCCGGCGCCCUGCGCUUCUUUGUUAACUCGCAGGGUAUGGUCGACGAGGGCUACCGCAGAUACAAGGGCAGAUUCUUCCGCCUUCCGCUGUGGACCAACUGGAAUUACAUCGUGACCAACGAGAAAUGCAUCGAGGAGAUGUAUCAUCUUCCCGAUGACGUCCUGUCCCUGCGCUAUGCUGCUCAUGACGAACUCGCAGUGCCCUACACAAUGGGUCAGCAGAUACACGACGAUCCCUACCAUUUGCCUAUUCUCCGCGGCAAACUCACGCGUUAUAUCGACUACUUGGUGGCAGAAUGCCUCGAUGAGUUGCCGAUGGCCGUGGAAGACGAAAUCGGCAAGAAGUGCGGUGAUUCAUGGCAAGAAUUCAACGCCUUCGAUGUCUCCAUCGGUAUCGUUGCCAGAACAUUCAAUCGUAUUCUAGUGGGAGCCCCAACAUGUCGCAGCGCCCAUUACACUGAGACCUGCAAGUCGUUUGCCAUGAAUACCGCUAUGAUAGGGCUUCUCAUCAAUCUUUUUCCUUCGUUCCUUCACCCAAUCGUCGGCAGAUUAUUCACGCGUCUGCCUUAUCUAUUGAGGCGGACCCUUGUGGAUUUGGGCCCCAUCAUCGCCGAGAGGAAAGCGGCGAAGGCAGAAUUUGGCGAUAAUUGGACAGAUAGGCCGAACGAUCUGCUGAUGUGGCUCAUGGACGCAGCCAAAGGUAUUGAGCAAGAACCCGCGCGUCUCGCUAUCAGGGUCCUGGUCAUCAACAUUGCUACCAUUCAUACAACAGCGGCGACGUUCACGCAUGGCGUAAAUAACCUCCUGGACCACACGGAGUACAUUGACGCAUUGAGGGAGGAGGCGGAAUCUGCGCUACAUUCCCAUGGCUGGACGAAGCAGGCUAUCAAUCAGCUUGUCAGGUCAGACAGCUUUUUCAAGGAAUCAUCGCGAUUGAACGGACUGGGAACAAGCAACUUCCCGCGAAAGGCUCUGCGUGACAUCACUUUCAGUGACGGGACGACUGUGCCUGAGGGCUCCUACAUCUCGUCGGCGUGGUCUGUCCACACUGACGAGGAGUAUUGGCCCGACCCGAUGACGUUCGACGCGUUCCGACACAUUCAGGACAACACGGUCGGCGGCAAGGCUAACAAUAGCAGCGGGUUCAUUCGCACGAACUCGCGAUAUCUCAUCUUUGGUCACGGCAAAUAUCCAUGCCCUGGUAGAUUCCUUGCGACCUACAUCUUGAAGGCAACGCUGGCCCAUAUUCUGUUGAACUAUGAAAUCAAGGCGAGCGAGCAGGGAAGGCUGCCCGAUAUCUUGUUUCAGUACAAUCGCAGCCCAAACGUCAGGUCAACCUUCAUGAUACGUCGCCGGAAAGUUGCAUAA